AUGUGGGCCUCCGCCGAUCAGAACCGACUUCAAUAUAUCCGGGAGAACCAGAAGCAAUUGCGGGCGGAAGUGUACAGUGGACUUGAGGACACUGUCUCGACUGAAGACGGUGACCUCAAUCACAUUGGCCGCCGAGUUAUCCUCCCAUCAUCAUAUGUUGGCGGACCACGCAACAUGAUGCAGCGGUACCAGGAUGCCAUGGCCGUUGCACGUCAUUACCGCCGUGUCGACCUCUUCAUUACAAUGACAACGAACCCCAACUGGGAAGAAAUCACUCAAGAACUGCUUCCAGGGCAGACGGCUUUCGACCGCCCAGACCUGGUAGCGCGCGUAUUCAAAUUGAAGAAGGAUGCGUUGCUGGAGGACAUUUAUCGCAACGAUAUGUUUGGGAAGGCGGUCGCUUAUGUAUAUACGGUCGAAUUUCAGAAAAGGGGUCUACCUCACGUCCACAUCUUGGUGUUCCUAGAUUCGCAAUACACUCUUUCUACCACCGACGCAAUCGAGCAGAACAAGUGCGACUUGAAAGACCUGCAAGGUCGAAGUCUUCGCGAAAUAACGUGUACAAGAAAAGUAAUCUAG